UUUUGCAAGAGCUGAUCAUCAAGAGAAAGAAAGCAAAAGCCUCUGGUGGCGCGUGGCCGGCGAGUGGAGGAGACAUGGCGGACGGCGGCUCUGAAAUGGGUUCGAGAGAGCGAAAGAAAGCAGCAGCAUCUUCCUCAAUGAAUCAUGAGAAGCCCACAGAAUUUGAUGCAUCCACAAGCUCUAGUGCUGUGGUGAAUGUCGAGAGUUUAGUGAGAGGAUUUCUCAUAAACGUAUAUUUAGAAAAGAAUUCGCCUGGAUUGUUAGUUCGGAUUCUACAAGCCUUCGAGAAAUUGGGACUCGAAGUCCUCGAUGCCAACGUGUCUUGUUCCGAUUGUUUCCAACUCCAAGCAGUCGGGGAAGAGAAUGAAGAUACAAAAAUCGUAAAGCCCCGAGUGGUGAAAAGAGCAGUAAAGCAAGCAAUCAAGGAAUGGAGUGAAAGUAACGGGCAGACAUGAUUCACGUAUACUUUAUUCGUAGUUCGUGUUUCUUCUAGACGCGAUUCAGAGUUCGUGUUUUUACUAAGCACGAUCUCUAAUCGAUGAUAUACAUAUCAUGACGUACGUAACUAAAAAAAACGUAAGAUUUUGUCAAGAAAUAUUGUUUAAAUUAUCAAUGUAUUCGUACUCGAAAUGUCAAUUUUCUUACCAGUAUUUUUUUUCUCCGAGUGUAAGUAUUAUCUUAUUUGUACAAUAUUUUGGUUCAAAUAUUUGUUCGUAUAA